AUGAACUCAACUUCAGACCCACCACCAGCGAACACAGCACAUACAGCCAUGUCAGCUCCGACACCACCCAUACCCUCCUAUGAACAAGUCACCGGCUACGCGCCUCCCCCAGGCCCUCCACCCUCGCACCCCUCAGAUCCAUCGCAAGCCUCCCAACAAGCCAACAACACACCUCCGUCCACGAUACCGCCCUCCCUCCCCACAAACCCAACGCCACCACCCGAACUUCCUCCCGCCUACGCAGUCGUCGAUGAGAAAGCAACCUCCUACACCAUCUACGGCACCUUCAUCCACACACCCUCAGGCCCUGCUUACCAACUCUCCUCCCUCCUCGAUGCGCGCAUAAACAAGAUGCGGAUCCGGCGGCUUCGGGCGGAGGAAGUAUCGCGAUUGCAGGCUGGCGCGCACAACAUACCUUUCGAUCUUUCCACUACACUCUACGAAAUGCACGACCCACCUUUUAUGAUGAACGAGUAUUACAUUCGCGGCGCCUCUAGCACCACUCUCCCUGGCAUACUUCAACUACGCUUUGGACUGAGGAGAUGGCAUGUGCGACAUGUGCCCGCCGAGGGCGCGAAGCCGGUGGACUUGAUGACCUGUGGGAAGCGAGGUGGGUUCAGUCGCGUGAUCAAAGAGAGGCACAAUGAAAUGGAGCCAUCAGAGUGGAAAGACAGCGAAGGCAGCGUGUUGGCGACAGAAGUGUUAAAGAUGCAAGGAGGUGGCAAGAUGCCGACAAUUGAACUGAGAGAAGGUGUCGAUCAGAUGUGUAGGGAGCUGCUCCUCGCACUCUGGGUGGCGAGACUAUGGGCAGCGUUUGGGGCAGGAAACAUUUCACAAUGUCCGAAGAGGUCCAUCCAAACGCGAAUUUCACAUGGAAAGAGCUAG